ACAACAAAUCAAAAGUGAAAGUAGUGGAUGGUUAUAAAUAGUAGGUUCCCAGUCCAUCUUUCUCAUGAAUCCAUACACAACAGAAAGUGGCAACAACAACUAAACAGUGAAAACAAAUCAGGAGAAAAAAAAUGCAUAGUACCACUGGAGUUAUUUUUCUCACUCUGGUUCUGAGUGCAACGCUUGUCCACGGUAUGAAAUUACCAAACACACGUUGCAUUUGCAUUGAUGCCGGAAAAAAUUCCAUUCAUACUAAUCAAAUUGAGAAAUUGGAGGUGUUUCCUAUGAGUCCGAAGUGUGAUCGAAUUGAAAUAGUUGUUACAUUGAAAGAAACAAAUAAGAAGCUGUGCUUAAAUCCAGAUUCAAAGCAAGUGAAGAGAAUUCUGGGGAGAAUGAUCUGGAAAAGGUUGUCUACAAAGAAAUGAAGGCUUAUUUUGUGCCAGCGAUUUCAGCACUCCCUGGUCAUCACUCCUCCUCAUUUCCUCCAGCUACCAUGCUACAAUAUACAUUUUUGCAAGAUUAAAUAAAUGAUGUUCUUUUUUCUCUACAAUGACAUGAAGGCUUCUUGGAGUGCACUGGUAUACCUGUUAUCUUUAUCUUCUUAAAGUUUCUGUGUAAUAAGAAAAAAUUGUGAACUGUCUUUAAUUCUGGAAAUU